ACAAGGGGGAGAGCGCCUCUGGGGUCGCAGGAUUCUGUUGAGCUCUCUAAACUCCUUUGCCUUAAAUCAAGAUGAGAGGACCAAUGGGCAACCACCACUCACCAAAUCCUAUUGAGCACAGGCUAAGGUUAUCCGGAUCACUUGAGGAUACAAACAAUAAGAGAAGGUUCCUAAGAACUAAAUGUUCUGAAGAAGUUGAGAAGCCACCUCAGACAUAUACACAAGAAAAAAGUGCAAAAUGCAAAAUUUCUACAGUGAAGCUUGUCCUAUUGAUUAUUACAGGUGGGACUUUUCUAACACUUCUCCACUCUCUAAAGGUGUCCAACAAUGAACAGGAUUCCAGACCAAGCUUUCUGGACAGAUUGUUUCGGGAGAGGCCAUCUGUAGAUGCACGCUACAUAUCAGAUCUAGACAUUAAUUGGGGCGACAUUUCAGAAACUCUCUCUAAACUGACAGAGGGACUAGACAGGAUAGGUUUAUUGAACUUUGAUGAAAGUGAGAUUGGCCGUUGGCGAGAAGAGGUGCCAACUGCUAAGCAUGAUCUUCUUCACUUGGAUUUUGCUGGAAAGGAUGUAACUUGGGAGUCCUUGUAUCCGGAAUGGAUUGACGAGGAAGAAGAAUCCGAAGUUCCCGUCUGCCCAUCCCUACCAAGACCCAAGAGCUAUAAAAAUUCUGAUAUUGAUCUUAUUGCCGUCAAGCUUCCAUGCCGCAAGUCAGCGCACAAUUGGUCAAGAGAUGUCGCCCGUUUGCAUUUGCAGCUUGCAGCUGCAAGGAUUGCUGCUUCUGCUAAAAAUGAUUUUCCUGUUCCUGUUCUCUUCGUGACCGAUUGUUUUCCAUUGCCCAACCUCUUUACUUGCAAAGAGCUUGUUGUACGUGAAGGAAAUGCAUGGUUAUAUAAUCCCAUUAUCGAUACGCUGCACCAGAAGCUUCAGCUCCCGGUCGGGUCUUGUGAGCUUUCGCUGCCAAAAACUGAGAGGAUAUACUCAGGGACUGCACACCGUGAAGCAUACGCUAUGAUUCUCCAUUCGGCUGACAUAUAUGUCUGUGGUGCCAUUGCUGCUGCCCAGAGUAUCCGCAUCGCGGGCUCCACGAGGGAUUUGGUCAUGCUUGUUGAUGACACUAUAAGUGAAUACCACAGGAGUGGUCUUGCGGCUGCUGGAUGGAAAAUUCGAACAAUCGAGAGGAUUCGAAAUCCUAAAGCUGAAGAGAAUGCGUACAACGAGUGGAAUUACAGCAAGUUUCGUUUAUGGCAGUUGACAGAUUAUGAUAAAAUUAUAUUCAUCGACGCGGAUUUGCUCAUUCUGAGAAACAUUGAUUUCCUAUUUGGUAUGCCAGAGGUUACUGCAACGGGAAAUGAUGCAACGCUUUUCAAUUCUGGUGUAAUGGUAAUAGAGCCGUCAAAUUGCACUUUCCAACUACUAAUGGAUCACAUCAACGAGAUAGAGUCCUACAACGGCGGAGAUCAAGGUUAUUUGAACGAAAUCUUUACAUGGUGGCACCGAAUUCCGAGACACAUGAACUUCUUGAAGCACUUCUGGGAAGGUGACGAGGAAGAUAAAAAAGUAAUGAAAACUGCGUUAUUCGGAGCUGACCCGCCGGUCCUUUAUGUUUUGCAUUAUCUUGGCCGGAAGCCUUGGAUAUGUUUCCGAGACUACGACUGUAACUGGAAUUCCGACAUAACACAAGAGUUCGCCAGUGAUGCUGCACAUAAAACAUGGUGGAAGGUUCAUGAUGCCAUGCCAGAGAAACUGCAGAAGUUCUGUUUGCUUAGCUCACAUCAAAAGGCAGGGUUAGAGUGGCAUCGCCGAGAAGCUGAGAAAGGAAAUUACACUGAUAGACAUUGGAACAUUAUGAUAACAGAUGAAAGACUAAAUACCUGCUAUGAAGAUUUCUGCCUUUGGGAAAGUAUGCUACUGCACUGGGGAGAGACAAACUGGACAGAUGAUAAAUCACCAACUACCGCGCCUGCGAUUACUCGAACAUCUCUCCCUAGUUUGUAAGUAUUAGUUUUUCUCUAUGUUGUGUGAGGCGCUAGGCGAGGCAAAGGGCCAAGAAAAAAAGAUUACUCACAUUUUUGCGCCUUAGUGCCCCUUGCACGACUCAUGCGCCUAGGCGAGUGCGUAGCUUGCCUUUCCCAACACAGGUUUUUCUUUCUCUUACCGAUCUUUAAUGUGAAGCCUGAUCCCAUACCCCCUUCAGCCCAAGAAACUAGAGUUUUGGCUGGCUUCCAGGUACUGGACAGUCCUCUUGAGCUCCAGCAAUUUCUUUGAAGAUGCUGCAUUUACGACAAUUUCUUUUGCUGCAUUUACCACCCAAUUUUUGAUUCCCUUAGGUUGGAAAGGCUACAUGUUCAGUAUUAUUUUUUUAUUUUUUUUCGGAAAGACAUAGAUAGGUUAAGAUUGGUCAGUCAAGCCAAGAACCUGCUGAGCAUUGUGUUUUACAAAAGCAAAUGUUUCAUGAAAUAGCUCCUUCAUCUCAA